AUGGCUGUAAAUAUUCUACAAUGGUUUCCUCAUACAACCGCUCCGUUCAUUGCUAAUGCACCCAUGUUUGGAUUUGCCGAUGCCGGCCUAGCAACUGCGGUCACAAAGGCUGGAGGAUUCGGGUUUAUUGGCGGGGGGUUUGAUUUCCGGUCUGAAUCAACCCAGCUCCUAAGCCUGGAUACUCAGUUGGUGAAUGCCCGCUCUCUCCUCGGUUUAGUCGAUGGUCAACCACUGCCGCUUGGUGUCGGUUUCAUUACUUUCCAGCCAGAGGGUUUCAUUGAAAAUGCCAUUCCUAUUCUUCAGAAACAUCGUGUAGCGGCAGUCUGGUUAUCCUUCCCUCGGGCUGACGCUGAUCAUCUUUCGAUCAUACAAGCUGUUCGGGAAGUCCGGGACGGUUCUCACUGGGAUAUCAAGAUAUUUGUUCAGGUAGGAAAUAUCAAAUCUGCAGAAGAAGCACUUCGGCAGAGAGCGGAUGUUCUGGUGGUUCAAGGAACCGAUGCAGGAGGGCAUCAGUGGGCCCAGGGCGCUAGUUUGAUAUCCCUCUUGCCUGAGGUGCGAGAUCUUCUGUCAAAGGCUCAGAAUACAACCACUGCUAUCCUGGCAGCUGGUGGCAUUGUGGAUGGGAGAGGCUGUGUUGCUGCUCUUGGCCUAGGUGCCGAUGGGAUUGUUAUGGGCACAAGGUUCGUUGCAACCUCGGAAUGCGCUGCGCCGUCUGCGAUUAAACGGACCAUUGUAUUGGGGAGUGAUGGUGGAGUCUCGACUGUCAAGUCCAUUCGACAUGAUGUAUUCCAGUCAACCGAUGUCUUUCCGAGGCAGUAUGAUGGUAGAGCUAUCAUCGGUGUUAGUUACGAGGAUUCUCGGGUUGGGGUCAGUGACGAGGAAAUCAUCCGACGAUACAAUGAGGCUAAAGAGGCUGGCGAACAUCAACGGAGAACAGUAUGGGCGGGUGCGAGUAUUGGAAGCAUCCAUGCCGUAGUGUCUGUUGAGCAAGUCAUACAGUCUACUCAGCAGGGGGUAAAGGUGAUAUUGGAGCGAUUGAAGGCAGGACUCUAG